AUGAGCCUUAUCACAUUGACCGGCGCCGGAGGGAGGCAAAUUCAAGUCAAUACGGGGCUCUUUGUAAACAAUGAAUUCAUUGCAGCAGAGGGAAAUGAGGUCUUGGAGGUUGAGAACCCCUACAAUGGCAAAAUGUUAGCGUCAUGCUCUGCAGCAACCAAACGGGAUGUUGAUGCAGCUGUUGCAUCGGCCGAGACUGCAUUUUACAAGUCCUGGAAGGGCAUCCGUCCAUCGCGAGGAUCGCUGCUUAACAAGCUGGCGGACCUGAUCGAGAGAGAUGCCGACGAUUUGGCAAGCCUGGAAGCCUUGGAAGCUGGGAUUCUCUUCUCCGACUCAAAGGCGUUGCACAUAACCCAAGCCACAGAAACACUGAGAUACUUUGCGGGUUGGACAGACAAAAUCACAGGACAGUCGCUAAACAUUCCACAAGGAUAUGCCUAUACAACCCGAGUCCCGAUCGGAAUCUGUGCUGCCAUCGAUGAUUACUAUCUGGAAAUUGGCUCCUGCUAUUGCUGCGGGCAAUGUGCUUAUUAUCAAGACACCCGAGUUGACGCCAUUGUACGGCCAAAAGCUAGCCAGCUUGAUCAAGAGGCCGGCUUCCCACUGGUAAAGUUAGCAUUUACAGGAAGCUCGCCCGUUGGCCGUCAGAUUCUCCGUGCAGCUGCCGAUUCCAACCUUAAAAAAGUUACGCUCGAGCUUGGAGGAAAGAGUCCGUCCAUCGUGUUUUCUGACGCCGACCUAGACAACGCAGUGUUCUGGACAAGUAUCGGCAUCACAGCAAAUAAUGGCCAGGUUUGUGCCGCUGGAUCUCGAUUAUACAUCGAAGAGAGCAUAUUUGAUAAAUUUGUAUCGGCGUUUGCUGCGAAGCUGAACCAGACUAGUUACGGUGAUCCUCUGCUUCCGGAGACUACCAAAGGGCCAGUCAUUAGUCAUGGCCAGAAGGAAAAGAUCAACAGGUACAUUGAACAGGCCAAACAGACGGGCUUGAAGCAGAUUGAAGGCAACAGCAUUCAGCAAUCUCCCACGGGCCAUUUUGUUGCCAACACCGCGUUCCUAAAUGUUCCUGGUGAUGCACAGAUCAUGAAGGAAGAGAUAUUUGGUCCUGUUGCGUCAAUUUCAACUUUCAAAACCGAGGAGGAGGUGAUCGAAAAGGCGAAUGACAACGAACACGGUCUGAGCUCAGCGGUUUUCACCAAAGAUGUCGACAAGGCGUAUCGUGUUGGAACAGCAUUGGAAGCUGGACAAGUGACCAUUAACUAUUGGGGCGGAAUCAAUGCCAAUGCGCCCUUCGGGGGGAUUAAAGAAUCCGGUUUUGGUCGAGACAUGGGCGAAGAGGCUCUAGAUGGUUGGUUGGUGUCCAGAACACUGAAGUAUAGCAUUCCGUGGUCCAAACUAUAG